AUGGACACGCCAGUAGAGGAAUCCCUCUUCCAAAUCAUCCACUGCUACCACCAGUAUGCAGCCCGGGAAGGGGACGUGGAGACCCUGUCCCUGGAGGAGCUGAAGUCACUGCUCAUUGACAACGUGCCCCGCUUCAUGGAGAGUUUGGGCCGCAAGGAGCCGUACUACAUUGCAGAAUUGUUCCGGGCAGCAGACAAGAACAAGGACAACCAGAUCUGCUUUGACGAGUUCCUCUACAUCCUGGGCAAGCUGGUGAAAGACUACCACCUACAGUACCACCGGCAGCUGUGUGCAUACCACUGUACCCAGCACAGCCUCUAUUAG